GCUUGUGAUGUCCUUGUCAUUGAUGAUGUUGCCGUGGUGACGGUGGAUGUUCUCGCCGGCCCAGAGAGCUCGAAGCUCCGGCCUCAGCCGCUAAUCAGAGCCUGAGGCUCAGGUUGGGCCUCGGCCCGGCAACAGCAGGAGGCGCACUGAGGGGUGUGAGGCUGGCCGGACCGAUAUGGCAGUGAAGACCCGAAGCUGGAGCCGGGGCCGUGCCCUGGCCGAGGACAAGGAGCGUUGCCCGCCUUCUGGGAACAGGCCCGCAACCAAAGCUGCCAGCCCACGGCGGGAGCGCCGAAAGGAGUGUGCGGUCCCUAAGAAUAAACCGUCCGCUGUGGGACAAUCCGGCAAAUGGGUAACCGGCAUCCGAGGGCCGCUAGGACUCACCGACUCGGCACUGAGCAGUUUGGGGACUACCAUAGUCCUGGCUAUCAUAGCAGGAAUUUUACAUUGGUACCAUAUAUCUAGUCUUUUUGAAAAUAAUCGACAUUUCUCUCACCUUUCAACGCUAGAAAGGGAAAUGGCUUUUCGCACUGAGAUGGGCUUGUAUUAUUCUUUCUUUAAGACCAUCAUUGAAGCGCCUUCCUAUUGUGAAGGUUUAAGUAACAUAAUGAAUGAUGGAUUGACUGAAUAUCCUUUGGUUAUCAACACCUUGAAGCGAUUCAAUCUUUAUCCAGAGGUAGUACUCGGCAGCUGGUAUCGUAUUUACAUCACUGUUGCAGACUUCCUUGGCAUUUCAACCAAAACAUGUUGGCGUGUGGACCGAGGAAAGGGCUUCAGCCCUGUGGAGAGUUGUGAAGGAAUGGGAGACCCUGCCUACUUUUAUGUAACAUUUGUUUUUAUUUUAAAUGGGCUCAUGAUGUCUCUGUUUUUCCUCUACGGAACAUACUUGAGUGGGAGCAGGUUUGGUGGAGUGAUCACUGUAGUUUGCUUUUUUUUUAACCAUGGUGAGUGUACAAGAGUCAUGUGGACCCCUCCUCUUCGUGAGAGCUUCUCCUAUCCAUUUUUAAUUUUGCAGAUGCUGCUUUUAACCCGCAUACUAAGAAAAGUCUGUGUGGAAAAGAGGACCUUUGUUUCAUUUUGUAUUGCAACCAUUCUCUUCCUGCUUCCAUGGCAGUUUGCACAGUUUGUGCUCUUGACACAGGUUGCAUCACUCUUUGUAACUUAUGUUUUGGGCUAUAUUGAUGCCUGCAAGCUGCUAAACAUCCUUUACGCUCACAUGAUAUCCUUGCUGAUUUGUUUUGUGUUAAUGUUUGGAAAUGCCAUGCUGUUAUGCUCCUAUUACGCUUCAUCUCUGGCAAUCAUUUGGGGAUUGGUUGCUUUUAGAUCGCGUUUUUGUGCAUAUUGGCCACGGUCUGUUGCAUAUUCAUGGGUGGCUAAAGGAACUGUCUGGCUUCUUGGAACUAUAGCGCUCAAAUUCGUUGCUUCUAAACUAUUAGGAGUUGCAGAUGAUGCGCACAUAAGUAAUCUACUGAAAUCUAAGUUCACCAACUACAAGGAUUUUGACACGCUGAUGUACACAUGUGCUGUGGAGUUUGAUUUCAUGGAAAUUGAGACACCUCUGAGAUACACCAAAACCUUAUUACUUCCAGUGACUGUCUGCAUUUUUUCUGUUAUAGCUUCAAGGGUGGAUAGGAUGGGAGCUCAAUACUCACCCUCCACCGUACAAGACGUUUAUUGUACUCUCAACCUAAGAUUGCCUGAUCGAUUCUUCAAAACCCGAAUAGAGACUUUGAAGGAACUGCUCUGUUUGUUAAAAGGAAAAAUUCCAGAAGGCUUCGAUGAGAAGAAACAUCCAACCCGAGGAGAGCUGGUCUAUCAUGUUUUGCAAUUGGUUGCUUUUGUAGUGUUGGCAAUUCUCAUCAUGAGACUGAAACUUUUCCUUACUCCUCAUAUGUGUAUCAUGGCUUCUCUAAUUUGCUCCAGACAGCUAUUUAGCCAAGUUCGAACUAAAUACCAUCACCAGAUAAUUGUGUGCGUCAUGCUUGCAGCAAUGGCUUUACAGGGAGCAAUAAAUCUGAAGGAACAAUGGAGCAUCAUUGGAGAGUUCAGCAACUUCCCUCAAGAGGAGUUAUUAGAGUGGAUUAAAGAAAAUACUAAAAAGGAUGCUGUGUUUGCUGGGGCUAUGCCCACAAUGGCUAGCAUCAAAUUAUCUACAGGACGACCUAUUGUAAAUCACCCACAUUACGAAGAUGCUGGAUUGAGAGAAAGGACAAAGCAAGUGUAUGCAAUGUACAGUCGGAAAUCAGCAGAGGAAGUGAAAAAUGGGCUCAUAAGACUAGGUGUCGAUUAUUUUGUUUUUGAAGAUUCCUGGUGUUUGCGAAAAACAAGGCCUGGUUGCAGCAUGCCAGAAAUUUGGGACGUGGAAGAUGCACACAAUGCAAUGAAACCCCCUCUCUGUUCGAUUCUUUCCAAGUCGCCUGCCCCUCACUUCACUCCUGUGUUUCAGAAUGACGUUUAUAAAGUCUUAAAGAUAAAGAAAAGUCUCAGUUGGACGUAGAAAUCUGUGGUAAUUUGGAUAAACAAGGGAAUUUCGAGGCCAAUUUUGGUUGAACAUUGCUGCACAGAUGAAAUAUUCCAAAUUGAUUGAAGAAUGCGACAGGAGGUGUGAAUGAAGAUGAAAACAAAUGUAGAAAUAUGAUCUUCAUGUUUCUUUAUAAACAGAAUUUUCAUGUCUUUAUGGAGUUAUGCAAUAUGUGAUUAUUUUCAAUAAAGAUUUUGAGUAAAA